CAACAGUAACCAACCUGAGUGACUCAGAGAGUCAGAGUUCACUACUCGCCAGAACAUAAUUUCCCUCUCUUCUCACUUCCUUUUUUCUCUACCUCCGUCUUUCUCUCACCAGAUGACUACCGGUUUUGCGCGGAUUUUCGCUACGGCGCUCUUACUUCUCCUUGCCGCAAACGCCAACGCCGCCGCCGCGGUCGCUCCAUCCACGCCGUCGCCGGAAGACUGCGUCACCGACAUGGUGGCUUUCUCGCCGUGCUUCGGCUACGUUUCCGCGCCGCCGAACGGAGUCCGCCGCCACCGACUCUCCGCUAAGUGCUGCAGCGUCGUCUUGGAGUCGUUCAGCACCGGCGGCAGCAAAUGCUACUGUCAAUUGGUGAAGCAGCCGCUGCUGUUUGGAUUCCCGUUGAACCGCACCAGGAUCGCGUCUCUCCCUGCUCUCUGCUCCAGGCGUCACGCGAACGACAGCUCCGCCGCGGUGGCCAAGCUCGAUUCCUCUCUGGAGUCGAUCUGCGCAGCUUUGCCUCCUGUUCCCAGCUCGCACGAUUCAUUAAGAGAGCCGAGACCUUCUGAUUCUGGUUAUGAUAAUGAUACAUCUGCUGCAAUGAGUCCACCCACUGAAUCUGCGCAAGCUCCCCUUGUAUCUAUUCCUCUCAAUAGGACACAUCGUCUAGUGGCUCCACCUGCUCCACCAGUGACCCCACUUGCUGAAUCUGGCAAGCAUUCCCCUCCAUCAUCAACUGCUGCUGCUAGUCCUCCUCCAGUCCUGGAUACAGAUUAUUCAAGAUACCAAGAUGUUUCAAUAGCUGCAGAACUUGGCUCCAUCAGGACUUGGUUUCUCCAGGUAGCAGCAGCCCUUCUUCCAUUUCUACUAUCAUCACUCAUCUAAUGCUCUACCAGGAUGAGUAUGACCCACCUGUUUCUUAAUAAUUGGUGGCACUCUGUUUACAUGUAAUGUCUGCAGUACAUACCUACUACUUCCUGAAACAACAUUUGUAUAUCCUGAUCAUUGCAUCAUCUGUCUUUUUCACAUACUCUUUUGCAAAUAAAGGUCUGCACAUUCUUUGGAAUCAACUAAAGAACGCUGA